AUGUCAUUUUUUAUACGCAUUUCAAGACCUGAUUCUGCUUCACCUUGGGGAUUCUGUAUUCGAGGGGGAAGAGAUUUUGAUCAACCACUUAUUAUAUCUUCUGUGAGUCUUGGAAGUCUGGCAGAUAUCAGUGGCUUACGUACUGGAAUGCGUGUUUUAUCUAUUGGCGGUGAUCCUACUAGCAAAAUGACUCACCAACAAGCUAUUCAAGCAAUUAUACGUUGCUGCAAUGAUCUGGAAAUGGAGGUCUAUGAUACUGGUUUAAAUAAUUCUGGCUGUUCUACACCACUUCAUCAAAUGAACAUGUCUAUAACACAAUCAUCACUAAGUAUUGAACUUCAUAAACCAACAGAACCACUAAAACCGCAAACAGUUAUAUCUAAACUUGUUCAUAUUGGUACAAAUCCAAUAAUAACUCGUUCUCAUUCACCUAAUGGAAUAACAAUAAGAUCAUACAGUCCAAACUCAAUUACACUACAUAAUCGGAUAUUGGCUGAAAAACUAGAUUCAAAUCGUACAUCACCAAUUUACACACCACAAAAUAAUAUAAGUUUAAAGUCAUGUUAUUCAUCAUCAUAUAAUCUGUGUAAAUAUAGUACGAUGAAUCAACCACAGCCUAAUAUCAAAAUUAACGCAAAACCAGAUAAUUCUUUACUAGGAGGAGUGAUACGUUCAAAAGAUUUUAAAAUUAAUCCUAUAUGUCAUGUAUGUCAACAACAAAUACACGGACCAUUUAUCGAUACGAAUGACAGAUGCUUUUGUCCAAAUCAUUUCAUAUGUGAUUAUUGUCAUCGACCACUAAACGAAGAUGGUUUUGCUGAACAGAAUGGAAAAUUAUACUGUGAAGAAGAUUUUAAACAAUAUAUUGCUUAUAAAUGCACCAAGUGUAAUUUACCAAUUAUUGGUCAAAUUAUCAAAGCAAUAAAUCGAACAUGGCAUCCAUAUUGUUUCAUUUGUUAUUACUGUCAAAAACCAUUAGAUGAUAUAUUUCAUAUAGAAGAUGAUAAUCGUGUAUUAUGUGAAGAACAUUGGAAACAAUUUCAUGAGAUCGAAUGUGCGAAGUGUAAACAAUCCAUUUCAGAGAUCGACCGUUUUAUUCAAGCUUGUGGAAAACAAUAUCAUGCAAGAUGUUUUAGUUGUGCUGCAUGUCAAAAACCCCUUGAAGGUAAACCAUUUCAUACUAGAAAUCAAAAACCUUUCUGUCUCAUACAUGCGAAUGCAGUCGCACUAUUUGGUUGAAUAAAUAAUCUUAAUAAUUUUAAUGAAUUGAAUGACGGUGACCUGCGUUAUCUACCGUUCAGUGUUGGUUUUCCCAGAAGUAUUUUAAUUGUAUUGAAAAUGGAAUUAGAUGGUUGUUAUAUCACGCUAGUCAGGAAAAUCAGCAUAUAUUUGUGUACUGUCCUUUGAAAUGGUUGAAUCCUUUAGUUUUUCUUGAGAAAAUUUAGAAAAUUGACCCUUAUAUUUUUGCACAAACACUGAUAUAUUGAUGACUGUCCAUCGUUUCAACCCAAUUAUUCAACUUUUGUGUGAAAUUUAUAAAAUAAGUUUCAGAUUAGCUUACCUUUCAUAUAGAAAUAACAUGAUUAGUAUUUUUAGUAUGCAUUUUGAAUAUUUUUAGUAUAAGUAAAACAAUUUGUCAUGAUUUCGUUUCAUUUUUAUAGUAUCAGUAAAUAAGUAGUAUUCAGUUAUCUAGGAUAUCAUUUAUUUUAAUAAAAUUAGAUAUUUUCUUGUCGUUGAUUACGAAAAUCCAAGAAAUGUUUGAACUGCAGUCAGAUUCGAAUGAUCAGCCUAAAUGUUAUCUGUGUCAUGUACUACUUUCUAAAUAAACAAUCAAGUUGC